GCCAGGAAGCGAUGGAAAUUCCAGAUGAUCCGCUGGUGCUCAACUGUAAGAAGCGCAAGGCGCAGAAGCAGGCAUCCAAGGCUAAGAAAUCGAAGAUCGUAGUCACUGAGAAAUGCGAGAUAAUCGCUGCUCCAGCUGCAAGGCCUGCUGUGGUGGAUUUUGAGCCGAGGAGCUAUCAGCUGGAAGUUCUUGAGAAAGUUUUGAAGGAGAACACAAUCGUUUUCCUUGAGACCGGGGCUGGGAAGACACACAUUGCCGCGAUGCUCUUCAAUAAGCUAGCGGAUCGUCUCUCGAUGCCCGAGGAGAAGCGCAUCGGUGUUUUUCUCACUCCGACUGUGGCUCUUGCUGAUCAGCAAGCGAACGUUAUAUCGUCAAGCACACGUUUAAAGGUGGGGGUUUAUCAUGGCGGCCAGAUGGAUACUUGGGACGUUAGAAAAUGGAGCGAGGAGAUUGAUUCGCAUCAGGUGUUAGUGAUGACCGCGCAAGUUCUGUUUAACUCGCUCCAGCUAUCGGCAAUCAGAAUGGAAAUGAUCGAAGUUUUGAUUUUUGACGAGUGCCACAGGGCUCAAAAUAACCAUCCAUAUGCUUCGGUCAUGAAGACUUACUAUCAUACUUCGACGUUGAAACUUAAACCGAGAAUUUUUGGAAUGACUGGAUCUCUCGUCGCAACGAAAGUCUCUACCUGUGAGGAUGGGAAGCUUUGCAAGGAGAUGAGAGAUCUUGAGAGCCUUUUAGACUCCAAGAUUUACACAAUAACAUCUCGAGCAGAGCUUGAAGAGAAAGUGCCAACCCCUUUUUACCGAAACUUAUACUACGACAAAGCUCACCACUGUUUUAAAGAAUUGCGCAGAUGCCUCACUGAUUUGUUAGACAAGUAUCAGCAAAGAAGCUGUAUCGGCACAUGUCAGUUAAGCGACGAAAAUAAAAAACGUUCCAAGUUUUCAAACCUAUAUAAUGCGAUCACAAGCUCCCUUCUCGACCUUGGUUUGUGGAGCGCCGUCCUGGCUGUUGAGGUACUUCUAAAAAUUGAUCCAGAGGGUACGAAACCCCCAGUGGACAAUGAGGAUACUAAUGACGAACAAAGGUUUUUGAAAGAAGCUUACAACAUCUUGAAGAGUUUUGUGCCUGGAGACUCCGUCAGCAGCAUAUCAAGCCCCGAGGAUGCCAAAAAGGCUGUCAAUUCUGGGUUACUAACUUCAAAAGUUAAAGCAUUACUCAAAAUUCUAGUGAGAUACAGAAAUGUUGAGCCUUUUCGAUGCAUGAUUUUUGUUGAGAGAGUGGUCGUGACACAGGUGCUUGCCAGGCUCCUGAGCACCUUUAAAUUGAAUGUGUUAAUCUGUACAUCAGUUGCCGAGGAGGGUCUCGACGUGCAGUCGUGCAAUUGCGUCGUGAGGUUUGAUAUUUGUCGGACCCUUAGGAGCUUUAUUCAGUCGCGUGGCCGGGCACGGAAACGAGACGCAACCUAUAUGUUUCUUCUUGAAAGGGGUAACCUGGAGCAGGAGAGCCUGCUGAUGGAACUGGUAAACAGUGAGGAGCUUAUGAGGGCCGAAGCAUUAUCCCGAAUGAGCAAAACUAUUGAAAUAACGCCAUUGAUCGACGCGGACUUGGACUUCUUUUACACGACCUCUGGAGCAUGCAUUAGCACCGAUGGUGCAGUAUCUUUUAUCUACAGAUACUGCAGCCAACUCCCAGGGGACAGAUACUACAAUCCCAAACCAGAAAUCGAAGUCACUAAAUGUGAAUCUGAUAACGAGGAGUUGUUCUCGUGUACAAUAACGUUUCCUCCGAAUGCCCCUCUUCAUGUACUCACAGGGCCUCCAAAGCGAAACAAGCAGCUUGCGAAGAAGGUAGCAUGUCUUGAGGCAUGCCGGCAGCUGGACGCUUUGGGGGCACUAGGCGAACGCCAUCCACCUGAGGUCCGCGAAGAAAAGAUGGCUUCGGAGGGUCCGGGACUAGGCUCUACGAAGCUCAAGGAGCUAUUUCCGUCUAUCAAGUCCACUACUUACCAGAGACAAUGGAUAACGACCUCGACGGAUAUAAUUUUGCAUAUCUAUGCUCUCAUAUUCCAUCCGGAGGAGAAUGGCUCAACGUAUACAAAUUUUGGUCUUUUAUUUGAUGCCGCCCUUGAUGACGACGUCGGGAAUAUUGAAGUUAAUCUCUAUCUCACCAAGAACAGAGCUGUGAAAGCGAAACUUUCCUCUGCUGGGCAACGUCGGGUAGACUCUGUCCAGCUUGCUGCAGCGAAAGCUUAUCAAGAGAUCAUGUUCAACGGAGCGUUCAGCAGGUUGGUGUUUCGGGAGGAUAAGAACGACAGGACACUGGCAACGUGCUUGCUUUCCUCCACUGAGAAAGCGAAUGAAUUGUGGUCGGAGACGUACUUGUUGCUACCUAUUCUUGAUGGGAGCUGUGAUAUCGACUGGAACAUCGUAACACGCUGUGCAGACGCUGCCAAGUUGCUACCAAGUCUGUGCUCCGAGCUGAACAAGACCGAGGUCUGUAUGGAGAGACCCGAUGCCGGUCUUAUUUACACAGCUAGUGGCCCUGUGAGUCCCGGCGCGCUACAAGACGCUGUCGUGCUUACAGUACACACAGGAAAGCUCUUCUCCAUUGUCGAAGUUUUGGAGGAUUUAGGAGCUCAGUCGACGUUUAAAGAAAACGAAGAGUCCGAGCCGUGCACUUACGAGGAGUUCUAUCUUAGAAAGCAUGGGCGAUUGUUGCGAUAUCAAACGCAACCUUUUCUACGAGCCAAACCAACGCAUGCCGUUCACAACCAUCUGCACGAGCCAGAUCGAAACAACAAACAAAAACCAGCUGCCAUCGUAAAAAACUUUGUGGAGAUUCCACCAGAGCUUUGUCUCGUUCUUGGCGCAAGGAGUUCAAUGAUUCGAUCUUUAUAUCUGGUGCCUUCGUUUAUGUAUCGCUUUACCGCGUACAUCAUCUCCUCCGAACUUCGGACAAAGUUCACAAAGCAUUUUCCAUGUGCUCACGCUUCCAAGAUCCUCGAGGCACGCACAAGCUUGCGUUGUCAAGACGGUUUCUCAUACGAAGGUCUCGAGCUGCUCGGAGACUCGGUUCUCAAGUACGCUGUAACCAGGAAAUUAUAUCUUCUUCAUUCGACCAUGCACGAAGGUGAACUGUCCGAUCGAAGGUCUCAUGCCAUAUGCAAUUCAACACUUCGCAAGCUCGCCGUAGCACAAGAUUUACCGAUGUAUGUUCGGGACGAGCCUUUCUACCCGUCCUACUGGGUCGGAGCGGGUAUGUACCGCCAGAGAAGCAGAAAAUGCUGCUGUCGACUGGACAACCUUGUGACAAAAGAAUCAAGCAAGCCAAGACCGACAGAUGCUACGUACUACGUCGGGAAAACUUGCGGACAAGGCCAUCGAUGGAUGUGCUCCAAAACCACGUCGGAUGCUUUAGAAGCUUUGAUCGGGGCGUAUACUGUUGGAGGGGGCUUCGAUGGUGCUUUGGAGUUCAUGAAAGCACUGCAAGUAGAUGUGGAUUUCGACAGUGGUUUAAUCGCAGCGAGCCAGCAUCGCCCUGUUCCUUUGGAUGCAGUUCAGUUUCAUAUGCCUGCCUUGCUUUCGUUAGAGAAAGAACUCUGUUACACGUUCCAGAACAAGGCGCUUCUGCUGGAGGCGAUCACGCAUGCUUCUACACCGGAUACGGUUUUCUGCUACCAGAGGUUGGAGUUCAUCGGGGAUGCUGUCCUUGAUUUUCUUGUGACUCGACACCUAUUUACGUCACACCCCGGUUUAAGCCCGGGAUUGCUCUCGGACCUCCGCUCAGCAUCUGUCAAUAACGACUGUUUAGCUCGCGUUGCAGUGAAGCAUCGACUGCACUCGUACCUUCGACACGGCUCCGCAGAACUACGAGCAAAGAUAAAUUCAUUUCUGGAUGUUUUAGACAGAGAUCCGGAAUGCAGUGUUAUGUUUGGGUUCAAAGCUCUUUCGGGGCCAAAGGCCCUGGCAGAUAUUGUGGAAAGUGUAGCGGGGGCAAUACUUGUGGAUUCCGGCUUUGAUUUCGAGAAGCUGUGGGUUGUAUUGAAGCGGCUUUUGUCACCGUUUGUGACACCGGCGACGCUCUCAUUCCAUCCGGUUAGAGAGUUUCACGAAUUGUGCAGUUAUAAGAGCUGGGAAUUCGAAUGGGUCCAAUCAAGCUCUGGUGCCACAGCAGAGAUACUUUUAAAAGCUGGUGAGCAAAGGUUCACCGAAGUUUCAAGCAUUAAGAACAAGAAAGAUGCACGGAAAGACGUAGCAGAAAAACUGCUGACGAUGCUUAAGGACCUUGGCCAUCGGCAUCCUCGUUGGGACUCUUUAACUCAAGAAGAAGAUGGUGUUCCUUCACACGAAAAUGCAUUGGAAUUGAAGGGGAUGCAAGAUGAACAAAUGCGACCUAGAAGUGGAGCAAACGAGGAGCAGACUAUAUGCAACAUGGAAAUUACCAAUUUCUCUGGACAAGAGGUUUCAGAACAGCUGCCACUUCAAAUUGAUGUAACUGAGGAGCAGAUGACAUGCAACUUGACAAUUACUGAUUGCUCCGGACAGGAUGCUUCAGAAAAGAUUGAUAUAACUGAGGAGAAGAAUACACGGAACGUGGAAACUACUGAUUACUCUGGACAAGUUGAACACAAUCAAGCUCAUACUUCGUCCAAAAGUUUUGUACCAAUUCGCAACCUGGACGUUGAUUUAGAGUCACUGACUGCGGUAACAACAGAGAUGACGAACUGUGCGAUAGCUCUCCUGCAAGACUUUUGCAGCCAGAGAAAGCUGGGAUCACCGAAAUUCGAGGCAAAGGAAAGGCGUGGAGUGGCUCAAGGACGAUGGUUCUCAUUCACUGUGUCAGUGGAAAUCCCUGGCGAAGGUUUCUUGGAACAAGUGAGCUGCUUCAUGGCCAACAAAGAGAGAGCAAUGCGCGAUGCUGCCAAGAAGAUGCUACAGCGGCUAAGCAGCUUUGCGUCAAGCAGCUGAGAAACGUUUGCAAACUCAGGCAAAAGUGUUCGCUUUUCUCCAGCACACUCCUCUCAAGCCGCAGUUUCUUCAUGCUUGUGCUGUCCAAACCUUGGCACAGAGGGAACUAUGUGUGUCUAACUAAGAAGCUUAUUAAAUCCUCAAAUCUCUUCUUGGAACUCC